AAUCCCACAAUCAUAAGGACACCUCAGCCUCUUCUUCUUCUUCACACACCAUCAUCUUCAUUCAUUCAACAUUUUCCCAAUCUCUUCUACAUUUUUUAUUGAUAAAGGAAAUAAAAAGAACAAAUUUUAGGCACUGCAUGCAAUAACCCAGCAAGACUCAUAACCUCGCUAUAUCUGAUAAUGGCAGCUUCAGCUUGUACAGUCUACACAACAACUCAAUCCCUCAGCUCCAUCUCCUCAACCCCAUCAAAGCCCCUGCAGCAAAGGCACCAUGUCCUACUCUACAGCAGCGCUUCCCGGAGAAGCGCCUCCAAGAGAAGGCCGUGCCUGGUGACGUGCUCGGUCGGAGACACGGUGGUAAUCGGCCUGGCGGCGGACUCGGGCUGCGGAAAGAGCACCUUCAUGAGGCGGCUCACGAGCGUGUUUGGUGGGGCGGCGGAGCCCCCCAAGGGAGGGAACCCGGACUCGAACACGCUCAUCAGCGACACGACCACAGUGAUCUGUCUGGAUGAUUACCACUCCCUCGACCGGACGGGGAGGAAGGAGAAGGGAGUGACGGCGCUCGACCCGAGGGCCAACGACUUCGACCUCAUGUACGAGCAGGUCAAGGAGCUCAAGGAAGGGAAGGCCGUGGAGAAGCCGAUUUACAACCAUGUGACGGGGCUGCUGGACCCUCCCGAGCUCAUCAACCCCCCCAAGAUCCUUGUCAUUGAAGGUCUCCACCCAAUGUUUGAUCAGCGGGUCAGGGACCUGUUGGACUUCAGCAUCUACUUAGACAUCAGCAACGAGGUGAAAUUCGCAUGGAAAAUUCAGAGAGACAUGGCAGAGCGAGGACACAGUCUCGAAAGCAUCAAAGCUAGCAUUGAGGCCCGAAAACCUGACUUCGAAGCCUACAUAGAUCCACAGAAGCAAUACGCCGAUGCCGUGAUCGAAGUUUUGCCAACACAACUCAUUCCGGGAGACAACGAGGGGAAGAUUUUGAGAGUCAAGUUGAUCAUGAAGGAAGGAGUAAAAUACUUUAGCCCAGUGUACCUGUUCGAUGAGGGCUCAACCGUUUCAUGGAUUCCCUGCGGGAGAAAGCUUACUUGCUCUUACCCGGGCAUCAAGUUCUUCUAUGGCCCUGACAGUUACUAUGGCCACGAGGUGUCGGUGCUCGAGAUGGAUGGGCAAUUCGACAGACUAGACGAGCUAAUAUAUGUGGAGAGCCACCUGAGCAACCUCUCCACCAAUUUUUAUGGCGAAGUGACCCAACAAAUGCUGAAGCACGCCGACUUCCCGGGUAGCAACAAUGGGACCGGCCUCUUCCAGACAAUCGUAGGCCUUAAGAUCAGAGAUCUGUACGAGCAAAUAACUGCCACUAAGGCCUCUGCCCCAUUACAAGCAUCCAAGGCCUAGGAAGCAACAUCACCCGAUAAUCCGACAUCGAAUACGGACCGUUUUGGCAUGUCCGGGUAUCGGGCUUUAGGUUUUCGCCUCCAUGGAUGAGGACGGUUUACAAUGUACUUACUUCUCUUUGGUUUUUUAUUAUCUUUUUUGUUUAGCUAUGUCAUAUAUAAUCAUAAGAUAAUAAUAGAAAAGAUCAUAUUCAGCUAAGAGGAAA